AUGAGGGUUGCAUGCGUAAACUAUCGGGUAAAUGUGAUAGCGUUAGGAAGAAGCAGUUGCCCCUGCAUAAACAACGAGCUGUCGAAGUCCUUUAUCGAAAUUAUGAAGCAAUUUCACACUCCAGGCGCCCCAAAACUCGUGGCCUUUCACGGCAAGCCAUCUGAAGUCAGAGAACUUCAAGUUCCUGGUCGCGUGAAUCAUAGGAAUGUGCGCAUUUGCGAUCGCCACAACUACUUCAAGAACUUUGAUCCACUCCUGAAGGAAGCUGCUUUCAAGGUUAUCCGUUCUGAAAAAGCUUUGCGUCUGCUAAGUGCCUUGAAGAUAAAACCGUCCAUCUAUACCGUGAAAUCAUUAUCAAUAGAACGCCUGAUUUGCAUCGAGCUAAACUGCGACUUCGACGUGGUCCUUUUGGCACUAGAAUCCCAGAUUUACAACAAAGUGAUCAAGUACUUCACUGAUAUGUUGGUUUAA